UUGUUUUGGUGUUUCAAUUGUUUACAUUUGUUUUCUUUAAUCAAAUUGAUAAUUUUUAGCAACAUUUGAUGAUAAACAAUUAGUAAAUUGUUGAAUUUCAAGAAUGAAAUGUGUACACAAUAGAAAUAAAGUCGAAUGAUUAAUUGAUUAUCUGUCAAUUCAGUUUUCUCCUUUUCCAUUCAUUUAUUUCACUACAUUUGUUAUCUCAUUCAAUUGAAAUUAUAUUCACAUCGUUCAAUGUUAUUAUUAUUAUUUAUUGAUUGUGAUUAAAUCACCUUUCACCACAUCGUUCAUUUGGAUAAACAUAUGAUUCAUUUGAUUGAUUAAUCAAUUAAUUCCAAGUUUAUCCAAAAAGUGUAAACUAUUAUCUUCUGUCACUUGGAUUACUUAAUUCUCUUGGAUUUUCAUUGGAUUCAUUUGUUGAUUAUCAUUAACAACAAUUAAGUAAACAGUUUACUUAAGGGUGGUUACCAUGUAUUGGAUCAAGGAAUCAGGAACAAAUUGGUUGCAAUCAUUUGUGAUUAACAUUAUCAAAAGAGGUAAAUUACCUCGACACAUCGCCUUUAUAAUGGAUGGUAAUCGUCGAUAUGCCAAGAAAAAUCACCUCGCCCGAUUAACUGGUCAUCUCCAUGGUUUUGAUACACUUUCCAAUAUUCUUGGUUGGUGUAAAGCACUAGAUAUAACUGAGAUAACUAUAUUUGCUUUUAGCUUUGAAAAUUUCAAACGAAGCCAAGAAGAGGUUGAUGAUUUAAUGGCAAUUUCUCGAAAAUUUGACCUUCUAAUCAACGAACUUGAUAAGAUCAAUGAACAUGGUGUUUGUGUGAGAUUUUGGGGAGAACUUGAAUUUCUUCCAGAUGAUAUUCAGGAAAGAUUUACACACAUCAUGUCAGCGACUCGUGACAAUAAAAGAGCUUUUCUAAAUGUUUGCUUUGCUUAUACAUCGAGAUGUGAAAUUGUUGGUGCAAUGAAAAAGAUACAAAAAGGUGUAUCGCAAAAGCAAAUUGCAAUUAGUGAUAUAAAUGCUAAUUUGAUUAGUGAUUAUCUUUACUCAGCUGGUAGUCGAUCUCCUGAUUUAUUGAUCAGAACCUCUGGAGUUGUACGAUUAAGUGAUUUCCUAUUAUGGCAAACAAGUUUCACAAUUAACGCUUUUGUUGAUGUCCUUUGGCCUGAGUUUUCAUUCUGGGAUUUAAUUGGUUGUUUAUUAUAUUACCAACGUUUCCAGGGUCAAGUUAAUCAAGCUUCAAUCCGGCACAAUUUGAUAACAAAAAAUUUGAUUCCAUUUGAACAAAAUAUAACCACCAAUUCCGUGUCAAGUUAAUUAUCAUCACACCAACGCCAAGAUUGUAACAACAUUUUCUUAAUCAUUACCAUCAUCAUCAAUAUAAAGUGACUAUUAUGGUCUUCCCCAAAUUUCAUAAUCACUUUUGAUGAAUGUUGUGUGUGUGAUUUUUUUUUAUAUUCAUUUACAAUUAAGAUGUAAAGCCUUGUAAAGUAUGAUCAUGAUUAUGAUGAUUAAAGUCAUGUCAUGUUAUAA